CGCCGGGCCCCCCUCGCGCGCGCGGCGAAGUUGCACACCGCCCAGGGACUUGCAGAGUGAGGCUUGGCUCGAGCCUCCGUUUUUGGCCGCGACCCGCCGACCCCGAACCCCCGCGCGUCCAGGGCGACAUGCCUCGCCGGAAGGGGAAGGACAAGGGCGCGCGCGCGGGCGGGCCGGGGCACGGAGCAGGAGCCGGAGGGCCCCCUGAGGACAGCGAUGAGGAGCUUGACAGCCUGGGCGUCCCUAUGGACUCGGUGGUGAAGGUCUGGUGCGUCCACAGCACUCCGAAUUUCUCGCUGCCUUGGCAGAGGCGCCGGCAAGAGCGGUCGAGCGGUUCUGGCUUCUGCAUUGACGCGAAGAAGCGCGUCGUGCUCACCAACGCGCACUGUGUGGAGUGGCACACGGAGGUGAAGUUGCAGCGGCGUGGGAGCGACGUGAAGUACCUGGCGAAAGUGCUCUCCGUUGGCUGGGAGUGCGACGUGGCCGUUCUCACGGUGGAGGACGAUGAGUUUUGGGAGGAUAUGUGCUCUGUCCAGCUCAACCCGAAGAUUCCACGGCUGGAGGAGGACGUGCUCUGCGUCGGCUUUCCCAUUGGCGGUGACACCAUCAGCGUCACCAGCGGCGUCAUCUCUCGGAUAGAAGUCACGACCUACACCCAGGCUUCCAUGGAGCUCCUGGGAAUCCAGAUCGACGCUGCGAUAAACAGCGGCAACAGCGGAGGACCGGCGUUCAACGCCGCCGGGGAGUGCGUGGGCGUGGCGUUCCAGAGUAUGGGCGCCGAUGAGGCGGAGAACAUUGGCUACGUCAUCCCAAGCGUGACCAUGGAGAACGCCCACCUGCGCGAGUCCUACGGCCUGGCGCCAAAGCAGAGAGGCGUAUUGGUCAGCCGGGUCGUUCCCACAUCGUCGGCCUCCAAUGUGAUCAAUUCGGGGGAUGUGCUGCUCGAGUUCGACGGAGAGCCCAUUGGAAACGACGGGACCGUGCGCUUCCGGAAGCACGAGCGCGUCAUGUACACGUGGCUCGUGGCCCAGAAGUUCUUCGGCGAAAAGGCAACGCUCACCGUGCUGCGGGACGGCCAGAAGGUUGACCUGACCAUAGAGAAUUUCCAGCCAGAGGCGGCUUUGGUGCCCAUCCACCUCUUCACGAGGAAGCACCCGGGCCCGUCGUACUUCAUCGUCGGCGGUUUGGUAUUCACGUCCCUGUCAAUGCCAUUCUUGGAGUCCGAGUACGGCCAGGACUGGGACCGGAAGGCGCCGGUAGAGAUGGUGCAGUGGGCGACUGUCGACCACGCUCAGACCUUUGACGAGCAGAUCGUGAUGCUCACACAGGUGCUCUCGCACCCGCUGACCGUCGGCUACGAGACACUCGAGAACCUGAAGCUGGAAACC